UGGCCUUCUCUUAGGGCGGGGCGGGGAGGGCCCUGCAUUUUUUUGGGGGGGACUGGGGGGUGGGCGGGGAGAAGGACCCGGAGGGGAAAGGACUCGGGGCGAGACUAUGGGGAAGGACCAGGAGCUGCUGGAAGCGGCGCGCACGGGCAACGUGGCUCUGGUGGAGAAACUCCUGUCUGGCAGGAAAGGAGGGAUCCUGGGCGGAGGAUCCGGACCCCUGCCCCUGUCUAAUCUGCUCAGCAUCUGGCGAGGCCCCAACGUGAACUGCACAGACAGUUCGGGUUACACUGCUUUACACCACGCGGCCUUAAAUGGACAUAAGGAAAUAGUUCUCAAACUACUUCAAUAUGAGGCAUCAACAAACGUAGCAGACAACAAGGGUUAUUUUCCUAUUCACCUGGCUGCCUGGAAGGGAGAUGAGGAAAUUGUGAAGAUUCUUAUUCAUCAUGGGCCAUCGCAUUCUCGAGUCAAUGAACAGAACAACGAGAAUGAAACCGCCCUGCACUGCGCAGCUCAGUAUGGACACUCGGAGGUGGUGGCCGUUCUGCUGGACGAGCUCACGGACCCCACCAUCAGGAACAGCAAGCUGGAGACGCCGCUGGACCUGGCGGCGCUGUACGGGCGGCUGCGGGUGGUCAAGAUGAUCAUCAGCGCGCACCCCAACCUCAUGAGCUGCAACACGCGCAAGCACACGCCGCUGCACCUGGCCGCCCGCAACGGCCACAAAGCGGUGGUCCAGGUGCUGCUGGAGGCAGGCAUGGACGUGAGCUGUCAGACAGAAAAGGGGAGUGCACUUCAUGAAGCAGCUUUGUUUGGAAAGGUGGAUGUUGUGAGAGUUCUGUUAGAAACAGGCAUUGAUGCCAAUAUAAAGGACAGUUUAGGGAGAACUGUCUUAGACAUUCUGAAAGAACAUCCAUCUCAGAAAUCUCUCCAGAUUGCAACCCUCUUACAAGAAUAUUUAGAAGGCACGGGAAGACCAGCAGUCCUGGAAGCACAUGUACAAGAAUGUACGACACAGGAAACACACCUCUCAUCUCCUCUUGAGUCUCCUUCUCCAAAGUCCAAAAGUGAAACUGUGACUGGAGAAUUAUCAAAACUCCUGGAUGAAAUAAAACUCUGUCAAGAAAAGGAUUAUUCUUUUGAAGACUUGUGCCACACAAUAUCAGACCACUACUUAGAUAAUUUGAGCAAGAUUUCGGAGGAAGAACUUGGGAAAAAUGGAAGCCAGAGUGUAAGAACUUCAUCUACAAUAAAUUUGUCACCAGGAGAAGUGGAAGAAGAAGAUGAUGAUGAAAACACUUGUGGGCCCUCAGGACUCUGGGAAGCGUUGACACCUUGCAAUGGAUGUAGGAACCUUGGCUUCCCUAUUCUUGCACAGGAAUCCUAUCCAAAGAAGAGGAAUUACACUAUGGAAAUUGUACCAUCUGCUUCUCUGGAUACGUUUCCUUCAGAAAACGAGAACUUUCUCUGUGAUCUCACGGACACAGCGGUUACAAAGAAACCCUGCUCUUUAGAAAUUGCAAGAGCCCCUUCCCCAAGAACUGAUAAUGCCUCUGAGGUAGCAAUUACUGCUCCAGGAACUAGUAACCAUAGAAACAGCUCUACAGGCCCAACACCUGACUGCUCACCUCCAUCCCCCGACACUGCCCUCAAAAACAUUGUAAAAGUUAUUCGACCCCAGCCCAAACAACGAACCUCUAUUGUGUCUUCUCUGGAUUUCCAUCGGACGAAUCAUAACCAAGAUUAUUUCGAAAUCAACACGUCCACAGGGUGUACAAGCUUCCCUCCCAGCCCUCCUGCUAGUCCACCCACCUCUUCUGUGGGAACCGCAGUUGUCAAGAAUGAGGACACUGGCCAUCCAGAUGACCUCUCUCAGCAGGAGGACAGUGAUCCCCCAAAGGAAUAUGAUCCUGGGCAAUUUGCAGGCCUUCUCCAUGGAUCCUCUCCAGCUUGUGAGUCCCCUGAAAACCCAUUUCAUCUCUACAGGAAAAGAGAUGAACAUGAAGAAGGACAAGAUGAAAUCAUUUUGGCCAAAAAUCCUCUGUCUUUCAAGCAGUCUCCAAUAGAAAAUAACUCAGAACCUUUGGUAAAGAAAAUUAAACCCAAGGUGGUCAGUAGAACCAUUUUUCACAAAAAACCCAACCAGGUCGAAAACCAUACCAUUGUUGGUACAAGAACAACUAGGAGUGGAUCCCGGAAUGGGGACCAAUGGAUUGUGAACACGGGGGGAUUUGUGGAGAGAGCCUGCACCCUGGGGAGAAUCAGGUCAUUACCAAAAGCCCUGAUUGACAUGCAUUUAUCCAAAAAUGUGUCUAAGUCGGAUUCUGAUCUCAUUGCCUACCCUUCAACUGAGAAACCAUCGAGAGUUAACUGGAGUGAAUCUUCCACUACUGAACCCAGCUCGAAAGGGAAUUCUGAAAGAACGCCAUCCUUCACCUCAGAAUGGGAAGAAAUUGACAAAAUAAUGAGUUCCCUAGAUGUUGGAAUUAACAGUGAACUUGAAGAAAUGAAUGGUGAGGCCACAAGACCCAGAUGCCCCGUGCAAACGGUGGGACAAUGGUUGGAAAGCAUUGGGCUACCUCAGUACGAGAACCACCUGAUGGCUAACGGAUUUGACAAUGUGCAGUUCAUGGGAAGCAAUGUUAUGGAAGAUCAGGACUUAUUGGAAAUUGGGAUCCUUAAUUCUGGGCACAGACAGAGAAUUCUACAGGCAAUCCAGCUCCUCCCAAAGAUGAGACCCAUUGGCCAUGAUGGCUACCAUCCCACCUCUGUCGCUGAGUGGCUGGAUUCCAUCGAACUAGGUGACUACACCAAAGCCUUUCUAAUCAAUGGCUACACAUCGAUGGACCUGUUGAAAAAAAUCUGGGAUGUUGAGCUUAUUAAUGUUUUAAAAAUCAGUUUGAUCGGCCACAGGAAACGUAUUUUGGCGUCACUGGGAGACAGGCUGCACGAGGACCCGCCCCAGAAGCCCCCUCGCUCCAUCACCCUCAGGGAACCCAGUGGUAAUCACACUCCUCCUCAGUUGUCUCCAUCACUUAGCCAAAGCACUUACACCACUGGUGGCUCCCUAGACGUUCCUCACAUUAUCAUGCAGGGCGAUGCAAGGAGGAGAAGAAAUGAAAACUACUUUGAUGAUAUUCCCCGAUCAAAACUGGAGAGGCAGAUGGCCCAGCAGUCGUCUGUCUGUGAGAUAUGGACGAAUCAGAACGCUGGAUUCCCUUUCUCAGCCAUCCACCAGGUCCAUAAUACAGGAGACUGGGGAGAACCUUCCAUCACCUUGCGCCCUCCAAAUGAAGCUACAGCCUCAACUCCAGUUCAGUAUUGGCAGCACCACCCCGAAAAGCUCAUCUUCCAGUCUUGUGAUUACAAAGCUUUCUAUUUAGGUUCUAUGCUGAUUAAAGAGCUCAGGGGGACAGAAUCAACCCAAGAUGCUUGUGCAAAAAUGAGGGCUAACUGUCAGAAGUCCACCGAGCAAAUGAAGAAGGUCCCUACUAUUAUUCUUUCAGUCUCAUAUAAAGGAGUCAAAUUUAUUGAUGCAACAAAUAAGAACAUAAUUGCCGAGCAUGAAAUCCGUAACAUCUCCUGUGCCGCCCAGGACCCAGAAGACCUCUCCACGUUUGCUUACAUCACGAAAGAUUUGAAGUCCAAUCACCACUACUGUCACGUGUUUACCGCCUUCGAUGUGAAUUUAGCCUACGAGAUCAUCCUGACGCUGGGACAGGCGUUUGAAGUGGCUUACCAGCUCGCACUGCAGGCCAGGAAAGGGGGCCACUCCUCCACGCUCCCAGAAAGCUUUGAGAACAAGCCCUCCAAGCCCAUCCCCAAGCCCCGCGUCAGCAUCCGCAAGUCCGUGCAGAUCGACCCCUCUGAGCAAAAGACUCUGGCCAACCUGCCGUGGAUCGUGGAGCCGGGACAAGAAGCCAAGCGGGGCAUUAAUACCAAGUAUGAGACCACGAUCUUCUGAUACCCACCGUCCUCCCGCCCUCGCGGUGCCUUGCACGCCGAGCAGCCCAGAGCAGGCUUCCCUUCCCGCCUCCGUCCCCACCCAGCCCGGGAGGAAGACCGCUCGGCUUGUGUGGCCUUGUCACAGGCGAAAGGCCGCCGGCCAUUCCUGGGGACGUUCUUCCCGCACCAGGGACAGAAAGCGCAGCCGAAACCCUGAGAGGCACGAGCUGAGAUUUUUUUUUUUUUUUUUUUUGCGGGCUCCCGACUCCCCUCCCGGUCACCACCCGAGGUAUUUCUAAUGACUUGGCCCCCGCACUUGCUUGGCUGUCGGGCGAAUAAACAUCUUUAAAAAUAAAAAAUAAAAAUAAAAAGUGCAGGGGAUCUCUAAUACUGCCUAAAAGUAUAAACAUCUUGGGUUCUUCCCUGUCCGCAGUUUUAAAGGUAGAAUCAGAACAGAACAGCCCCCACAGAGCAUCUGUAGAGUUUCUAUCACUGAGCAUCCUUUCGUGCCACAAAAACCACCCUCCAUAGUGGCCAGGACACCCUGCCUCCCAAUUUCUAUAUUUGUGGUUUUUUUAUGUCAUCAACUGUGUCGGCUAAAGAAAACCUUCACAUCUACAGACUGAUUCAAAAUUUACGAAUGAUUUAAAGCAUAGAAAUUUAUGAUGCACAGGGAAAUGUGUCUUGUAUUCAAUAUUUUUACUAAAAAAGAUGUUUCGUUCAUGCACUGAUAAGCAAACGAGUUCGCUGUGAGGGAUGUUUCCGGCUUCAUUUCAAGUAACUCAAUUUCUACUGCUGACGCCCAAGAGGGCAGGCUGAGCGUGGGAAGGCCCUGGCGACCCUCCCGAGGGCAGGAGAUUCAGGCAAGCAGACGGGAGUCCCCCCCCAAAGUGCUGACGCAGCCAUAAGCCUGCAGAGAUUGUUUUUCUAAAUCUUCACAGUGUUUUAAAGAACAUGUUAAAAAAUUAAAAAAAUCUAGGGCUCCUGCUGUCAAGAUUUCUGUCAUGGGAAACUUGUUUGAGAAAGGUGUUAAUAAAAUUCUAUUGCAAAAAUUUGUUUUCUAGAAAAAAAUAAAUACAAAAAAAAAAAAAAGAAGAGAUUCCAAAGUAAUAAACUCUUUUCUUGAAACAGAAAAAAAAUAAUGUUUGCUUACUAUUUGAUUAAAUGAAAUUUACUUACAUUUCAUUAAGCUAUUUUACUUUUUUUAAUGUCUCUGUGGAGUAUUUGUAUGAUAAAUACCAUAAUGUAUAUUUAUGUAGAAUCAAAUUAUAUACAGUACCAAUAUCAUUAUAGAAAAAAAAUAACGUUUUAAUGUAUAUUGUUCUAACUGAUCAUAUUGUGAAUCAUUUUGAAGUUCAUUAUAGAGAUAUUGAUAAAUUGUGGGACUGUCUUAAUGUUGCUUUUUUUUUUUUUUAAUUAACCAAUAUGAUUUUAAACCUGAGGAUAUCAGUUCCAUUCAUCAGUUGGUGAGUUUUUGGAAGAUAACUACAUUUUAUUUCAAACUGACAAAUGUAUAUGGCUUCAGUUCAGUGUGGAAGAAUUUUAAUACAAUAUUAAAUUACUUGAACUGAACAGUUCCUUGUACAUAUUUUGCCUAAUCACUGUCGAUAUGUAUGUAGAAAAUGGAAAGUAAAAAUAACAUAUCUAUGGUACCAAAAGGAAAACUGUAUAGGAGCAAAGUGAUUAGUAGCUUUGCCGAAACAGAAACAUACAUGUAAAUAUGCUUGGGCUUCCAGUUAUAAAUUUUGUAAUUUUUGUCAUUAUUUAUAUCCUAUAAAAAAGCACACAGAAUAAAAAGGAGAUUGUACAGCC